AAUCGGGAGGUGGUGGUUUUGGCGCUGAGCAGAGAGACAGGGCCUGAAGCAGGGAGCUUUUGUUACAGCUAGAGGGAGAGAGGGAGACAGUAAUAUUAAAAUACAUAGGGAGCGAGAUUUAUCCAAAUUCCCCUCCAACAUCCCGCAAAAUCCAAGGCCCUCUCUCAAAUCUGCAGCUACUAAACGAGACAUGGGAACCGAGAAGUGACCGUGAAUCCCCCCAGUUUUCUGUAAAUACAUUGAGUUAGCAAGCGAAGGGGCCUGCACUUACAUUUCUCCAAGCUUUUGUUGUUUCUGUUUUUUUAUAUAUUGCACCAGGAAGCUCAAAUAUUGGGUGUAUGUGUUUAGAAUGGAACACGCUGAAGGCCCUGUAAGAGAAAGGGAAAGUUAAGGAUGCUGGAGCAGAACAAUGGAUUUCUCCUUCUCUUUCAUGCAAGGGAUCAUGGGAAACACAAUUCAACAACCACCUCAGCUUAUUGACUCGGCCAAUAUCCGGCAGGAGGACGUGUACGAUGCAGGCAGCGAUGCAGGGGACGACGGGGGUCCCUCAGCCUACGAGUCGGCCUUGGAGUCGGGCUUCUCCUACCCCCCCUCGGGCUCUGAAGACCUGCCUGGCAUCACCAACGGCUACCCCUCUGUGGGGCUGUACGAGCCCCAGGCCAAAUACGCCAUGUACUCGCAGUUCUCCAACGGCUCGGCCAACGGCUACGGCGCCAUCCGCGGCUACGGGGACCACUGCCUGUUGCCGGGGGAGGGCACGGUGCUGAGGGCCCCCGUGGUCCAGGAGAAACCCCCCUCCCCUGCUCCCCACCUCCACCACCCCCACCUCCAUCACCACCACCACCACCACCACCACCCCGCUCACCCGCUCCAUCCCCACAGCCCCCCGCCCCUGCACGUUCAGCACCACCCGGCCCCGCCCCACCUCAUGGCCCACAUGCAGCCCCCUCCCCCGCCCUUGCUCCUGCCCUCCUCCCCUCCUGCCCCCUCGCCGAUGGACAGCGCCCCGCCUCACCCCCCUACGCUGCCGCCCAACGCGAGCGCCGCCGCCCCCAAAAAGACCAACUCCCCCGAAAUCAAGCUGAAGAUCAUCAAGACGUACCAGAACGGGCGGGAGCUCUUCGAGUCCUCGCUGUGCGGGGACCUGCUCCACGACUUCCAGGCCGGCGAGGCCUCCCGCCGCAGGCACGAGCGCAAGAAGGAGAAGAGGAAACUGAGCGGGGGCCGCCACGGCCCGCACCACCAGCAGGAGGCGCCGCUGGAGCAGCCUCAGGGGGGCGCUGCUGAGCCGGGCGGAGUCGCGGGCCCUCAGGAGCCGCAGUGCGACCGUUUGGAGGAUCCGCAGAGGCCCAGGCAGGAACACGGGGGCCACAAGAGCCCCAAAGCAGAGGCCAAGGAGCAAAAAGUUCAGAAGCACUUACCCACAGUAAUCACAGGCACCGGCUGCUGUAAGGCCCACGAGGUGGGGGACUUGGUGUGGGCCAAGGUGGGCACGUACCCCUGGUGGCCCUGCAUGGUUUCCGGUGACCCCCAGCUGAGCGUCCACACUCGGAUAAACACUCGAGGGCACAGGGAGUACCACGUGCAGUUCUUCGGGAGCGUGCCCGAGAGGGCGUGGAUCCACGAGAAGAGGGUGGUGGUGUACCAGGGCGAGCACCAGUUCGACCAGCUCCAAGCCGAGACUCUGCGCAAGACCUCCAACCCAGCGGAGAGGCACAAGCUGCUGAAGCCCAUCCCGCAGCGGGAGCGCGCUCAGUGGGAGGUGGGCGUCGGCCACGCGGAGGACGCCUUCCUGAUGACACGGGAGGAGCGCAUCGAGACCUACACCUUCAUCUACGUGGACAAGGAGCCGGAGGCCCUCGCGCCCGGGGCCGGCAGGCUGGAGAGGAGGGGGGCGCGGAGGUCCCGGGGCAGCUCCGGAGGGGGGGGCCCGGCCUCCCCGGAGGGGGAGCAGCCCGCCCGCCGGCUGCAGCCCCGCAGGCAGUGCAGCUUGACGGGCGCGGAGGAGACCCCCGACCGGGCGGAGCCAUGCGCCGACCGCAGCCCCUCGGCCGGGCCCCAGGACCCCGGGGGCCCCCCCGAGCCCCAGCAGCAGGCCCCCCCGGUGAAGGCCCCCUGGAAGACGGCCGCCGCCCGCAAGCUUCUGCCCCUGUCCAUCACCAUGAAGAAGCUCAACGUGGAGAUCACCAAGUGUGACUGGCCCCUCCCCCGAGACAAGGCCCCCUCCCCCAGGAGGACAGAGGGGGAGGCCAGGCAGGCGGACCCCGCCUCCUAUUCACCCAGGGGCUGCGGCAGUAAGGCGGAGACCGUCUCUAAGGAGCAGGAGAAGGCGGGUUCUGCCACAGGUCGGCGGAGUGAGCCGGGAGCAGUGCAGCAUGGGUCGGCGGAGGCCCUGUCAGGGUCCCUGGAGCGCAAGCAGCAGCGCAGGUCGGUGAGGAGCCGCUCCGAGUCGGACAAGUGCACCGAGACCGUCCCCAAGAAGAAGAUGAAAAAGGAGCAGGCUGAGGCUGUGCCACUGACAGAUCUGAAGACGGGAUCGCAGAAAGGAGCCAGCGAGAUCUCCGACUCCUGCAAGCCGCUCAAGAAGCGCAGUCGCGCCUCCACUGACGUGGAGAUGGCCAGCUCCCAGUACCGCGACACCUCCGACUCCGACUCCAGGGGCCACAGUGACCCGCAGGUGGUCUUCGGGAAGUGCGCAGACAGCCCUGCAGCCGCAGACGCAGACGCCUCCGACGCGCAGUCGGUGGACUCCAGCCUGUCCAGGCAGGGAAGCAGCACGUCUAAGAAGGACACUGUCUGUCAGAUCUGCGAGUCCUUCGGAGAUUCCCUGGUGAGCUGUGAAGGGGACUGCUGCAGGCUGUUCCAUUUGGAGUGUUUGGGGCUUUCGACCUUACCAGAGGGAAAGUUCACCUGCGUGGAAUGUAGAAACGGCUCCCACUCCUGCUUUUCCUGCAAGACUCCGGGCGGGGAGGUGAAGCGCUGCUCCGUUGGCGGCUGCGGCCGCUUCUACCACGACUCCUGCGUCCGCAAGCUCCCCGGGGCCUCCACCGACUCCAAGGGCCUGCGCUGCCCCCAGCACAGCUGCGCCACCUGCUGUCUGGAGAGGGACCUGCACAAGGCCGCCAAAGGUCGCAUGAUGCGCUGCCUGCGCUGCCCCGUGGCCUACCACACGGGGGACGGCUGCGUGGCGGCGGGCAGCCUGGCCAUCACGCCCCACGUCAUCGUGUGCAGCAACCAUUCCGGCUCUAAAAAGAAUGGCCACGUUACCUCGCCAGUGAACGUGGGCUGGUGCUUCAUCUGCGCCCGAGCUACCAAAAAGAAUAUUGGGAAAGGAGGAAGACUGCUCUGCUGCGAGUCGUGCCCCGCCUCCUUCCACCCCGAGUGCUUGGACAUGGAGAUGCCCGAGGGGAGCUGGUGCUGCAGCGAGUGCCGGCAGGGGAAGAAGCCUCAUUACAAGCAGAUCGUCUGGGUCAAGCUGGGCAGCUACAGGUGGUGGCCUGCCGAAAUCUGUAACCCCCGCCUCGUGCCCUCCAACAUCCAGACCCUGAAGCACGACAUCGGCGACUUCCCCGUCUUCUUCUUCGGCUCCCACGACUACUACUGGAUCAACCAGGGCCGAGUCUUCCCCUACGUGGAGAGCGACAAGAACUUCGCCGAGGGCCAGAUGAGUAUAAACAAGACUUUCAAAAAAGCUCUGGAAGAGGCUGCAAAGAGGUUCCAGGAGCUCAAGGCACAGAGGGAGAGCAGGGAGGCCCUGGAACAGGAGCGCAACUCUCGCAAACCCCCGCCUUACAAGUUCAUCAAAUCCAACAAGCCGGUGGGGAAGGUGCAGGUGCACGUGGCGGACCUGUCGGAGAUCCCGCGCUGCGGCUGCAAGCCGGCGGACGAGAGCCCGUGCGGCCUGGACUCGCAGUGCCUCAACCGCAUGCUGCAGUACGAGUGCCACCCGCAAGCGUGCCCGGCCGGCGAGCGCUGCCAGAACCAGCGCUUCUCCCGCCGCCUCUACCCCGACUCCGAGGUCUUCAAGACCCAGGGCCGCGGCUGGGGCCUCAAGACCAAGCAGGACCUGAAGAAGGGUGAUUUUGUGACCGAGUACGUCGGGGAGCUGAUCGACUCAGAAGAAUGCAGGCAGCGAAUCAAACAUGCCCACGAGAACCAUGUGACCAACUUCUACAUGCUGACCCUCACCAAGGACCGCGUAAUCGACGCCGGGCCCAAGGGCAACUUCUCCCGCUUCAUGAACCACAGCUGCAGCCCCAACUGCGAGACGCAGAAGUGGACGGUGAACGGGGACGUGCGGAUAGGGCUCUUCACCCUGUGCGACAUCGAAGCUGAGACUGAAUUAACUUUCAAUUACAACCUGGACUGCCUGGGGAACGGGCGGACGUCCUGCCACUGUGGAGCGGAGAACUGCAGCGGGUUCCUGGGGGUGCGGCCGAAGAGCGCGGUGGUGAUGGAGAAGGAGGAGAAGGUGCGGAACGCCAAGCUGAAGCCCAAGAAGCGCAAGCUGAAGCCCGAGAGCAAGCAGGCGCACGAGUACGUCUGCUUCUGCUGCGGCCAGGCCGGGGAGCUGGUGGUGUGCGACAGGAAGGACUGCCCCAAGGCCUACCACCUCGUGUGUCUCGACCUCAGCAAGCCGCCCUAUGGGAAGUGGGAGUGCCCUUGGCACCAGUGCAGCGUGUGCCAGAGCUCCGCCUCCUCCUUCUGCGACUUCUGCCCCAGCUCCUUCUGCCGGGAGCACGAGGAGGGCUCGCUGGCGCCCUCUGCCUUGGACGACCGCCCCUGCUGCUCCAACCACGAUCCCGACAGCCCCCUGGACGCGCGGCCUGACCUCGCCGAAGCUCCGGAGAAGAUGGAGCCGGCCGAGCCCGUCUCGGUGACGGGAGAGUGAGGGCGCCCCCUGCUGGCGGCAGCGAGCGCAGCCGCAGGGGGGAGGAAGGCCCCGGAAACGAGGUGUCUCGCGGUUGAAAGAUUUAGACGUGCGGCGUAAGUAGAGAGACUGGCCUUCUCGAUGGCUGACGCACUGAGGAGAAAGCUGAGGUUCAUCCACAUGUGUGGAGACCUACGUCAACCUUGCAGUCAAUUCCAGUUUAACAGCAGGCAUGAUUUAAAACAAACAACAGCAAACAACAAAAAAACACGUACGGUUACACAGCCUCUCUGCAGAGGGUUUGGAGUGCGCAUUUCAGAAUGUUUUUAUUUGAUUUUAUUUUUUUACUGAGGAGAACCAGGUGUUGCAGUAUUGGUUAGUGGCACUUUUAAGAACUCUUUACUCGGUUGAGGCGAGCUCUGCUCAACCCUGCUGCUUGUACUUCUUCCAUUUACGCGCUGUGGACAGUGGUUGCCUGGAGCGUGAGCCAAUCGGUGCGCAGCGCAGAACAGGAAACACCUUGCUGGACCGUAGAAGCAAGCUCCGCCUCCCAUCCCCCCUCUAAACACACUUACAUCACUCCAAAACCUUUUUGUUUACGUACCUCUUUGUUUAAGAAAAUCUAAUUUAAAAAUGUGUGUGUAGGAUUACAGCACAUGUCCAAACCACAAAAUCAUUUCACAUCUUUUUCACCUUUUUCUCAUCUUUUUUUUUUUAAUGAGACUACAGUUCAGUUUAGAUGUUAAAGCCAUUCCCUAUUGCCCUUUCCCUGGGGAAGGAUAUUGUUUUUCAUGUGCUUAUAAAUGUAUUUAUCGUCAUGUUUACAGCUUUGUCCUCCCGUUUGGUCCUGUUUAGUGGUGUCUCCUUGACUAAUACUUUCUGUUUAUUUUUAAUCUCAGUUCAGCAGCGCCCUUGUAAAUCCUGACUUGUCUUUCUAUUGAGGUAAAUCAUACUUGUGGGAUGUGUUUCAGCAUGGCACCAUAGCAUCAGUAUUAUUGAUGUUAUUUUUCUGCCAGUUUUAAAUCAAAUGCAGAGGCUCACUUCUGGGAAAAAAACUUAAAUAUCUUGAAGUUUUGAAAGCAAAGUGACAAUUACAAUAAGAAUACUUUCCCCCCCAUUUUCUCCCCUCUAGCAAACUCAGCUAGUCACCUGUAAUUGAAUAAAUGAGAAAUAAAUCUAGUCUUAAUUCAGUUCAUGUAAUUUGCUAAUGUGAGUUAAUUGUAGGAUAUGUGCCUCAGUUUCAAAGUGAACAGAACCACAAAUAUUUGAGAAGAAAUGAGUGAUCUGAUGCAAAAUUGAAUCUAUAAAAAGGGCAAUUUGUUAAAUUGUAUAUUUGAAAAAACAUUAGCCCACCAUUUUUCUUUGUAGAUCUGUUUUUGGUUUCAUAGUUUGCAGGUGAAGGAGGCAGACUUGUCUUGCGUAUUUGCAGUUUGUAAUAUUUUUGCAGUUACACCAAUAGUUAUACAUACCGCUGACAUGAAUAACUUCCCAUCUAAGACUAAUGUAGGACAGUUGCAAUGGUUUUUUUUUUUCAGACCAACAUAGCAAGUUAUUUGUAGUUUCGUUUUGAUUUCCUGUUUGCUGAGAACCAUCAGUUGACUAGCUGACUUAAUUUUCUAUUGAAGGGCAGCUUGUAAGUAUUAUUACUGCCCUAAUACAACAUCUCAACAGUGGUCAUGCAGGUAGGGUACCUAACUGAUAUUUCACAGGUUCAGUAUUAGUCAUGCAAUCAGUCUCUGUGGAGAUUCAUAAAAAAUAUUUAUAUAUUGAAAAACAAAAUUUAAUUUCCCGAGGUGUUGAAUAAAAUGUUGCAGAAUAUGUACAUAUAAGCACAUUUUAGGGCUUAGUAUUUUUGUUUACUUUAUAUUAUGUUAAAAGCACUUUUAAGGCAUAUCUGUUUUAUCUCUAGAGGAUUCAUAAGGGAAAGAUAUGUCAUCAUCUGAAUGCAGUUUUUAUUUCUUGCAGUUUGAAAAAUAUGUUAUAGAACAUAUUUUAUUGUAUUGAUUUGUAAUGUUUUAAAAUGAGCAUCUUAAUUUUAACGAUAGAAGAAAGAUGUUAAUAGUGUUCUUUAACCUCUGAUCAAAAAGAAAAUGUCUUAGUCCACAUUUCUUUGUGAUCUAGCUUGCAUACUGUAGGCAACUACAAAACUGGUACUCUUCCAGUUUUAUCUUCCAAAAAGCUAAAGCACUGCCUAUAACUCAUCCUGGUAUCAUCGACUACUGUGACCCAGCCAUACUGUUGUUUACCCUAGUAGAAAGACAAAACACUAGAUUCAGAAACGUCUUAAUUCUUAUAAUUGACAUUUUUUUCAAUGUCACAUAUUCAAUGCUGGGAAUAUGUUGUAACUGUGGCUUGUCUGUUACAUUUUUGUUUUCAUUGUUUUGAAUUAUAUUCAAUGCCUUCAUGCUUUUUAAAAAAUCAAGCCUGUAUCCCAAGAAGUUGUAUAUUCCUUUGUGUGGAAACACGCAAACAUACAGCAGCCUUCCAUGUACCAUGUACAGUGUUUAAUUGCACAUUUGCAACAUAGACUGCAUCAUAACUGUUGCAUUUUGUUUUGUAUUUGUUGUUUUAAUGAAGAUGUUUUCUUCCUCAACACUAAUGGAAAAGUACAUUUUUCUCCAAAGUAACCCGGUAAAGCACAUAUGUUAAACAACAAUGUGAAACUUAAGACUUGAGAGACUCUACAAUUACAGCAAGCUGCAGUACCUGUUCCAACUUCCUACAUUAUGUGAAGGCUACACGUGGAAUCACUGGCUUCAGAAACUAGCCUUUCCUGUAUUGUAAAAUACCGUAACGAGUCCUAACUUUGAACAGCAAGUGUCAGUUGUGGUGUGAAGUAACUUGGGCGUAUUCAUUGCCCUUAAUAGACGUGCGCUCGCCUAAUCAUGUCUGAAAUGGGUGCACUCACCGUAAUUGUGUUUGACCUUGUGGUUUCUCAUUUCCGGUACGUUAUUGUGCAGUUGUGUGCAUCAUUUUAUGAAAUCGUGCAUGUCAAGGGUAAAUUUGCACCUGAAACUACGCACCAUUUGGUAAAUGCGGUAAUGGUAUUUAGCAGAGACUAAUCAAGCCGAUCUAAUAGAUGAAACAUCAGCGGAAACAUUAGAGACAUCCACAUUGGUACUUUAGCCUUUAUAACUUUAAUGUUUACUUGAAUGUUUAUUUUUGCAUCAAUUUUUAUUUUAUUUUAUAAAGGUUCUUUUGUACUACAGCAUAAUAAGUGAUGUGUCCAGUUUAUUUUACAUUUAUACCUUGAUCUUAUUAUUUUAUUAUUUUUUCCCAAAAAAGAGAGAAUUCUGACAUAAAUGUGAGGGGGAGGGAAUCGCCACAUCAAGGAUUUAGGUAUUCUGGCGUCCUUCCUCUGUCCUACACAAGGCUGUACGGUGAACAGAAGGGGGCAUCAAACAGCAGAGAAAAUGGUUAGGUCCCCUCCCCAAAGCUUUUGUGAUCUUUUUACCUCCUCCGAUAGACAAAGUUACUGAGAUAAUUGGGCCUAUCUUAAGGGAUAGGCAUCUGCGGGAGCUCAUGUUUUGGGUAUUUCUGUAUUGCUGCUUUCUGUGAAUUUUUUAAAGGUUCAACCCCCUGCUGCUUAUUACUUUGCAUAUAAUUUUGUAUUCACAUGUAAUGGGUUUUUCCUCCCCCUUGUAUUGAAAUUGCACAAAGGUUACCUUCGCCAAAACGAAUAGCCAUUUUUGUGUAUGUGUCUCGAGGUACACGUGUUUGUUUGAAAACAGGAGUACUUCCGUGUUCAUCAUUGACUUCAUAGACUUUCCAUUUACCACUCCCAUUUUCCCUAGCUCCAGUGCAACUGUUAUUAUAGAAAUUCUCAGUGUAUUACAUGGUGCAUUGUGUUUUAAUGCUCAUGAUUGGUCAGUAUUCUGUAAACCUCAAAUGUAUAUACUUUCAAGAUUAUGGCAUUAAAUAUGUUUAUACAUGUAACCUGUAUUGAUCAUGCCUUGUGGAGAGUAUUGCAUAUUUAUUUUUAAUGGUAUUGAUAACAGAAGGGUUAACAUCUGUACUAUUUGACAUUUAAAAAAAAGAUGUGAUUUUUAAAAGAAAUAGAUACACAGUUUUAAAAAGAUCCUGCUCAGAACCUUGCUGAUUGGCCUGUCAUUUCCAUGUGAUCUUAACCUUUUCAGAUUUGUCAGUUUUGUGUAAUGUUGAUCGUAAUUGUUGACUGUCCAUUAUGAACAUUGAAUUUGAAGUAUACACAGAAUACAAAUCAGAUAUAAAUGGCUUGGCUGGAACUAAUAUCUUCAAGACACUUAUGUAGUGAAAUCUCUGUAGGAAUUCUGCUGGGGUUGUAUCUGUAUUGAUGUUGCUGUUUCUGUUUUAAAAAAGAAGAAAAAAACAAACAUUAACUUUUGUUUUGUUGCUCAGCCUAUAUUAUUGCAUAGUGUAAAGAAUGAUGCUUGUCCAAACUUGUACAUAGAUGGCACAGAACUCAGUUGUUAUGUAGCUGUAGUGUGUUUAGAUUGCCUGUAAUAUUUAGCUUCUGAAUGUGUGUGACCGUAGGACUGUAUCAUUUUUUGUACAUUAUAGACUGAGAUGUCUUUUUUGGAAAUAAUUUUGGGAUUCAAACGUUUUGCUUCUGCCAGAAUUCAUUCUGAAGGGUUUUUAAAAUGACAUUCCACAGAUUUGAUCGGUUUCAGACUUGCUUGAGGUUUGACUUCAAUAAAACUGUACUGAAUGUUCCCAUC